AUGGAUGUGUGCCUUCGCUACACAGCGAAGCCUAAUGUUAAAAGCUACACAGCGAAGCCUAAUGUUGAAAGCUACACAGCGCAGGCUAAUGUUAAAAGCUACACAGCGAAGCCUAAUGUUAAAAGCUACUCAGCGCAGGCUAAUGUUAAAAGCUACACAGCGAAGCCUAAUGUUAAAAGCUACACAGCGAAGCCUAAUGUUAAAAGCUACUCAGCGCAGGCUAAUGUUAAAAGCUACACAGCGCAGGCUAAUGUUAAAAACUACACAGCGAAGCCUAAUGUUAAAAGCUACUCAGCGCAAGCUAAUGUUAAAAGCUACACAGCGCAGGCUAAUGUUAAAAGCUACUCAGCGCAGGCUAAUGUUAAAAGCUACACAGCGCAGGCUAAUGUUAAAAGCUUUACAGCGCAGGCUAAUGUUAAAAACUACACAGCAAAGCCUAAUGUUAAAAGCUACUCAUCGCAGGCUAAUGUUAAAAGCUACUCAGCGCAGGCUAAUGUUAAAAGCUACACAGCGCAGGCUAAUGUUAAAAGCUACACAGCGCAGGCUAAUGUUAAAAACUACACAGCGAAGCCUAAUGUUAAAAACUACACAGCGAAGCCUAAUGUUAAAAGCUACUCAGCGCAGGCUAAUGUUAAAAGCUACACAGCGCAGGCUAAUGUUAAAAACUACACAGCGAAGCCUAAUGUUAAAAGCUACUCAGCGCAGGCUAAUGUUAAAAGCUACACAGCGAAGCCUAAUGUUAAAAACUACUCAGCGAAGCCUAAUGUUAAAAGCUACUCAUCGCAGGCUAAUGUUAAAAGCUACACAGCGCAGGCUAAUGUUAAAAACUACACAGCGAAGCCUAAUGUUGAUCUAAUAAUUCUAAAAGAUGUUCAUGUAAUUCUUUCUAGUAUCAGCAGUGAUCCUCAAACGUUAGCCUGA